GGAAUUACCUGUUCGCACGUGUCCCGUGAUCGGAGGUCUCCAAAUCCGCUUUCGCCUCUUCGCCUGACUUUCCUCGGCUGUUUGGUAUCCUGCGGGCAUAGUUCAUACAACGUCGUACACAUUUACUCGCCUUAUUUCCAAGCCUAUUCUCCGCAUACGAUUUCUUUUCCCCUCAAAAUGUCUACCCCCGCCCCCACCCAAAAGACCAUCACUAUCGGCACCCGCAAAUCUAAACUGGCUCUGCUCCAGACAAACCUGGUCCUCGAUGCAUUGAAGAAGGCAUUCCCGCAAUAUGAAUAUAAGAUCUUCUCAAAGGAGACAGCCGGUGACCUGAACACCACCAUCGCGCUGCGAGAUUUCACUACCAAGAACCUGUGGACGGAGGAAUUGGAGGAAUUGAUGAUCGAUGGACAGGUCGAUGUGAUCGUGCACUCGCUGAAAGAUGUCCCCACUACUCUCCCCUCUUCCUGCAAGCUAGGCCCUAGCAUGCCCCGCGAAGAUAGCAGGGAUGUCCUUGUGGUGAAACAAGGUUUGCCAUACAAGAGUCUGUCCGAAAUCCCCGCCGGAUCCGUAGUCGGAACCUCCUCCAUCCGCCGCACAGCACAAUUGGCCCGGAAAUACCCCCACCUUAAGGUCCAGGAUGUCCGUGGCAACAUCGGCACUCGCCUGUCAAAGCUAGACGCUGAAGAUAGCCCUUACGCCUGUGUCAUUCUGGCCGCUGCUGGUCUGCUGCGUCUUGAUUUGGCGGAUCGUAUCACCCAAUAUUUGGACUCAAAGAACAGCGGCAUGCUCUAUGCUGUUGGGCAGGGUGCUCUCGGUAUCGAAAUUCGCAAGGAAGACACUGUUCUCCAGGAUAUGUUGGACAAGAUUGGUCAUCAGGAUACCACAUUCUCGGUCUUGGCUGAGCGAAGUCUUUUGCGGACUCUCGAGGGAGGCUGCAGUGCCCCGCUGGGCGUUGAAACCGAAUGGGUCCAAAAUGCACAGGGUGCUAAGCAAUUGCGAAUGCGGUCAGUUGUUGUCAGUGUCGAUGGCAAAGAAUGUGCUCAGGUAGAAUUGGAAGCCGAUAUCACCUCUGCUGAAAGUGCUGAGGCCUUCGGCAUCACCGUAGCCAAGGCUCUGGUGGCUGACGGCGCUGGAGACAUUCUCGAGGCUAUCCAACAGAACAAGGCCAAGGACAGCGUUUCUACUGCGGUCUAAAUGUUCAGAUAGACUUAUACUGUAACUAGGCAGAUAUACCAUGUUGAAAAAUGAAGUGAACGAGUUUUCUUGUCUAUUAUG